AUGGGGGAUGCACCAGCACCAAAGCUACCGAUUCAGGGGAAGCGCAAUAUACUAAUUACUAGUGCACUUCCCUACGUCAAUAAUGUGCCACAUCUGGGAAAUAUAAUUGGAUGUGUCUUGAGUGCCGACGUUUUUGCUCGUUUUUGUCGGUUGAGAGGGUAUAAUGCUCUUUACAUUUGUGGAACUGAUGAGUACGGAACCACGUCUGAAUGUAAAGCUAAGGAAGAGAAUUGUACUCCUCGAGAGAUUUGUGACAAGUAUCAUGAAAUUCAUAAGCAAGUUUACGAUUGGUUUGGUAUAAGUUUUGAUAUGUUUGGGAGAACAUCCACUCCGCAACACACUGAACUUUGCCACACAAUUUUCAAGAGACUAUGGGAGAACAAUGGGAUUUACGAGGGUACUGAAAAGCAUCUUUUCUGUGAGACGUGCCAAGGUUCCCUGGCUGACCGGCUUGUUGAAGGCACCUGUCCGACUGAAGGGUGUAAUAAUGAUUCUACUUGUGGAGAUCAAUGUGAUAAUUGUGGGAAGACUUACAGAAAUUCUAUUGAGCUGAAAGAGCCUAGGUGCAAGACCUGCCAAAACACUCCAGUUAUUCGUGAGGGGGAGCAGUUGUUUCUUGACCUUCCAAAGCUUGAGCAUAAAUUACGUGUUCACUUUGACAAAAUGAAAGUUGAUGGAAUUUGGAGCCAAAAUGCUAUUAAUAUAACCCAAGCAUGGUUCAAUGAAGGACUCGAAAGUAGGUCUAUUUGUAGGGAUUUGAAAUGGGGCGUUACUGUACCACAUGAGAAUUAUAAGGACAAGGUUUUAUAUGUCUGGUUUGAUGCACCUAUUGGAUAUAUCUCAAUCACUUCCUGCUACACUCCUGAGUGGGAGAAGUGGUGGAAAAAUCCUGAAAAUGUGGAGCUGUUUCAGUUUAUGGGAAAAGACAAUGUAUCUUUUCACACUGUGUUGUUUCCAUCAGCUCUUCUUGGAACCGGUGAACGCUGGACUUUAGUGAAUAGUAUCAGUGCCACAGAGUUUUUGAAUUAUGGAAGUGAAAAGUUCUCCAAGAGUAAAGGUAUAGGGGUCGCUGGCAAUGAUGUGAAGGAUACAAAAAUACCUGUAGAAGUUUGGAGAUAUUAUUUAUUAUCCAAUAGACCCGAGGUCUCCGACACCAUGUUUAAAUGGGAAGACUUGCAAGCAAAAUUGAACAACGAGUUGCUUAGUAAUUUGGGAAACUUCAUAAAUCGCGUUUUGAGUUUUAUUGCCAAACCUCCUGGUAAGGGGUUUGCAUGCAUUAUUCCUGAUGCCCCUGAUGCUGAGUCACAUCCUAUGACGAAGGAAUUGAGUGAGAUAGUUGGCCAAUGUGUGGAGCAGUACAUAGAAGUCAUGGAAGAGGUGAAACUGAAGCAAGGACUAAAAAUUGCAAUGGGCCUCUCAACUAAAGGAAAUGCAUAUUUACAAAGAUGCCAAUUUUGGAAGCUUUACAAAGAAGACAAACCUUCUUGUUCAAUUGUUAUGAGAACUGCAGUGGGGCUUGUUCAUAUUCUUGCAUGUUUGUUGGAACCGUUUAUUCCUUCUUUUUCUGCUGAGGUGUUUAAGCAGCUUAAUAUGCCGCGAGCACACAUUUCACUUUCUGAUGGGAAUGUUGCCUGGGCUAGAAGACCAUGGGAGAUAGUACCUGCCGGUCAUAAAAUUGGAGAUCCAAAACCCUUGUUUGAGGAGCUGAAAUCUGAAAGAGUUGUAGCACUUAGAGAGAAAUAUUCGGCAAGUCAAACUGAUAGGCGGCAUGCUGGAGCAAUCGCAGAUGCUGCAAUUGAGGCUACUGAGCUAAAACUGUACCCGGGGGAGUAUUCGGGAAGUCAAGCUGGUAGGUUGCAUGGUAGGGCAAUCGCAGAUGCUGCAAUUGAGGCUGCUGAGCUACUGAAGAUAACAGGAAUUUCUGGUUGA